UUUCUCCCCCAGUGAGGGAGGCCAGCCACCAAACCAAACGGAGCUGAGAUUGUCUACAACGCAAAAGGGUUUCUUUGUUGGUCCAACUGUUCAUCGUUUCUUCUGCUUCUCCGUCACAACAAGAAUCUCGCGUUCAAAUUUACAAGAAUUUGAUCUCGUCUCCAAUUUCAAUUUUCAGAUUUCACAUAAAAAAAAAACCUUCCUAUUUUUGGUAGACAUUUUUAGGUUUUUUCAGCGCCUAGUUUUCAAUAGUUCAAAAUUAUUGAAAAUGCCGGCUCAUAAGUCGAAAUCGGAGAAGAACGAUUCAGAAAAACAGUCGCUGAGAGACCCCUACGAUGUUCUGGGUGUGUCUCGCAACUCCACAGAUCAAGAAAUCAAAAGUGCUUAUCGUAAAUUGGCUUUAAAGUAUCAUCCUGACAAGAAUGCAAAUGACCCUAAAACAACUGAUAUGUUCAAUGAGAUAACCUUUUCCUACAACAUAUUAUCUGAUCCCGAUAAACGUCAUCAAUAUGACACUGCUGGUUUUGAGGCUGUUGAUAGCAAAAACCAAGAUUUGGAGCUAGAUCUUUCAAGUUUAGGUGCUGUGAAUACCAUGUUUGCUGCAAUUUUCAGCAAACUUGGAGUCCCCAUAAAAACUACUGUAUCUGCUACUUUGUUAGAGGAGGCACUACAUGGUACAGUUACUAUUGAGCCAAUUGAGUUAGGGCAACCAAUUGUUAGAAAGGUUGAGAAGCAAUGUGCUCAUUUCUAUUCUGUUACGAUAACAGAGAAACAAGCACAAGCUGGAUUGGUUUGCAGAGUUCAAUCAGCAGACAAGAGCAAGUUCAAGCUUUUGUAUUUUGAUCAAGAAGAAAAUGGGGGAUUGAAUCUUGCACUACAGGAAGAUAGUGCAAAAACAGGGAAAGUGACAUCAGCUGGAAUGUAUUUUCUUGGUUUCCCAGUCUACCGAUUAGAUCCACCAUCUAAUUCAAUGGGAUCUGUAAAGGAUCCGGAUGCUGUUUUCUUCAAAAAACUUGAUGGGUUUCAGCCAUGUGAAAUACACGAAAUAAAAGCUGGAAUGCAUACAUUUGCUGUUUAUGGUGAUAAUUUCUUUAAAAGUGUGAGCUACACAAUAGAAGUUCUUUGCACGGAGGCUUUUGUGGAAGAAAAGGAGAGCUUGAGAACAGUUGAAGCUCAGAUUUUGUCGAAAAGAUUGGAGCUUUCAAAGUUUGAAUCCGAGUAUAAACAGGUUCUUGCACAAUUCACAGAGAUGACUGGUAGAUAUGCUCAAGAAAUGCAAGCAAUUGAUGAGCUUCUUAUGCAACGAAAUGAGAUACAUGCAUCGUACACAAUGGGUUCACCAAUGAAGCGCAGUAGUAGUAGUAGCAGUGGUCGUCGUAGAAGUAAGAGCCGAGGGGGUGGGGGUGGGGGUGGAUCAAAGGAAUCGAAAGAAGAUGGCCAACAAAAAACAACAUCAAGGGAAAGAAUAAAGAAGAAGAAAUGGUUCAAUAUUCAUGUAAAGGUUGACAAAAAGAAGCCUUGUGGGAGUUGAACCAAAGAUGUGAAAGAGGAAGAUGGGAUGGGACCCACAGAACUGAAGGGGGAAUCAGGCAGGAAUCUCGCUGGUAAGUCAGAAAAAGCUUAUAUUUGACUACAUAUAUGAUAUGAUGAUGAUAUGGGGGAAAACAAUCAAUGUGUUGUAAAUUUUUUCACCAUUUGAAAAUUUUACAAGUGAUUUAUGCACAAGAAUUUCCAGCACCAAUGCUUUUGAACGUGUAAUAUUGUUAUGGUUUUAUGUAGAUCAUGCAUGGAAAACUCAUCUUAUCUGUAAAUUUGCUAUCGUCAUGUUAUUUAGAGUUUUACUUUUUGCUUCUUGCAAUUCAAAGAAUAUGUAGUUUGUAAAUUUCAUUAGUUAUUUACUUAUCAACUUCAUUUUUGUUUCA